CCUUGGACAGUUUAGAUUGUUUCGUGAAUCCUUCCGUACACAACAUCGAGACUUUGUAUCCUGGAAAUAGAAAUAAAUUAAAAUAAAACAAAAUAAAUUUAAUUCAACCUAUGUAUACCAUCAUCACGGAUAAACCUAAACUCGUAUCGUGUUAACGAUCCACAACUUGCCGUGCCUUGCCGUGCCGUGCCGUGGAAUAUAGUUUUCUAAAAAAAACAUAGAUUGAAAACCGUAUUGUGUUUAACAAAGUACCAGCUCACUGGAAUUUCUUUUAAUUGAAAGGCGAGAUACCUCAACUUGGAGCGUUGAGCGUGUUGAGCUCUAUACCUACAUAAUAUUGUGAAGGAAUAUAUCGCGUGCUCCAAAAAGGACGAUGAUGCAGUGAUUUGCGUUGCGUUGGUCGGUAAAUCGGUGAUGCUCGAGAGAUAUAUUAAUUACUAUGAUUCCUUCGUUACCUAUAUAUGCUCCUUCAUGAGUAAUUCAAGUGAAUCAACCCCAAUCGCUGGAGCUGCUGCAGUGCAUCAUCAUCAUCAUCGUUAUCAUUUUUAAUUAAAACUCUUCGUAAUUUGUACUCGCUUGGUUCUUGAAUUUUGUUUAACAAUUAAUUAAUGUUAAAUAAUUAUGAGAGUCCCUGCUGCAGGGUUGAUUAUCUCGGUGGAGGAAGACCAUCAUCUGUAAUAGCCGACCAUGGUCAGUGCGUAUAACGUCUGUACUGUGUACUGUGUAUGAGUGUGUGUGUGAUGUGAUAUGUAAUAGUUACAUCUAUAGCUGUGAUAUGUAUUUUGUUGUUGGACAAGGUGCUGCCUUACAAGUGCUUUUGGUUUUGUGUAAAUAAUCCAAGUAAAUCGAUGUAAAUAUUUUGAAAAUCGUCGUAAAUUACCAAAAUAUACGUACUCCCGAAACAAGAGUAACCCAAUUAAAAUCAAAAAGAGAAAGAGAGAUAAAAAAGAAACAAACAGAAGUGUUCAAGAUGCAGUCUAAUUUUUUCACUCUACUUUGGCGAAGAAAACUGUCGGUACUUCUUAUCUCGUCCAGUUUACUAUUACUAGGCCUCUGGACAUGGGCACUUUUUAAUGGAACCUACUCAACAACUGAGCCAAACGGUCGGGACAAAUUAUUCUUUAUAAAAGAAUUCAAUAGCGGUGCAUCUAAUAAGAACGAAUAUCUCAUCCAAAAACUUAUUUCACAAGCUAAUCGCGUUCUGAGAUAUCAACGACAACAAACAAGUGACCUUUCAGCAUCUGAAUUAGCUGCCUUAUCAUCAUCGAAUAGUGCUUCUUCAUCGUUGUCGUCUUUGUCAAAUAAUAAGGCAAAUAAAAUAUCAAAUAAUAACAAUAAAAUUGGAAGUGUACAAUUUGUGAAAUUCACCCAAAAUCCAGUGUCAACUUCGUUGGUUGAACGAAGAAAGAAAUCAUCAGCUGGGGGGGCUGCAUUGGGUGAAAGUUUUCUAUUUGAGGAGGAACGUUUGAAAAUCCUACAAAACAAACAAAAAGUACAAAACGACGAUAACGUCAUGGACUACGAAAGAAUUUUAUCAUCUGCCGAACGUCAAUCCCAAUACGAACAUGAACUACAGCGAAUGGGAGUACCAAUUAUGGCUGGUAUCGGUCCUGGUGGACCUCAUCCGCCUAACGAGCGUUUGGUGCAUUUAGAUUUGAAGGGCGCACCACCAAAGUUAUCUUUUCUCAAACGACUCCUGCCAAUUGUGAAAACAUUGGGAGCAACUGGCCUUCUCAUUGAAUAUGAAGAUAUGUUUCCCUAUACUGGUUCUCUGCAGCCCUUGGCCGCCCUAAAUGCAUACAAAGCUGAUGAACUCAAGGAUUUUUUGGAAUCAGUUGCGAUGCAUGGUUUAACAGCGAUGCCGCUAGUUCAAACCUUCGGGCAUAUGGAAUUUGCUCUCAAGCUACAGGGAUUCGAACAUAUGCGGGAAAUUCCUGAAUCGCCUCAAUCCAUUUGUCCCAGCCAAAAAGUAUCAAUGUCCUUCCUUCAAGAUAUGUUGACACAAGUGAUUGAGUUUCAUAUGAAUGUUGUUGGAGACAGUAAUUUGCAUGGGAACAACAACCAGUCUCAUCAGCCCGAACAGCAUCAACGGGAACGUCCGCAGGCAUCACAUCAUCAUCAACAUCAAACUCAGCCACUGAGAUUCAGUCACAUUCAUAUCGGGUGUGAUGAAGUCGCCCGCAUGGGUGAGUGUGAUAAAUGUCGACAACAUUCUCGCAACGAACUCUUCCUAUCGCAUGUGACAGCUGUUUCAAGCUUUGUGCGAGCGAAAUGGCCACAACUGAAAGUUGUUAUCUGGGACGAUAUGCUCCGUGAUAUGACUUUAAGUGAAAUGCAACAUUCACAUAUCGGAAAAUAUGUAGAGCCGAUGAUUUGGGUCUAUGCCAGUGAUGUUUAUAGAUUUAUACAACCUCAGUUAUGGGAUAUGUACUCGAAAGUUUUCCCAACUGCAUGGGGAGCAUCGGCUUUUAAAGGUGCAUUUGGCGAAAGUCUUAUGAUACCUUUUUUACAAAGGCAUUUGGACAAUAAUAUGCGAUGGCUUGCUGUCAUUGCCAGAGAGGGUGGGAGGUUUUCCAAAGGAUUUAAGGGACUGGCAUUGACUGGUUGGCAACGUUAUGAUCAUUUUGCAACAUUAUGUGAGCUCUUACCAAUUGGUAUUCCCAGUUUGAUAAUAUCCCUGGCAACAGUAUCUAAAGGUUACUUUGAAGUUGAUCCGAAAGAAAAUGAUAUUCUAAAGGUGCUAGAGUGUGCAUUUCAUGCAGAUAGUCGUCGUUCUGGACAUCCAUGGAUUGAACUACAGAGCCAAUCUCAUUUUUGUAAGCUUUUCACUACAUGCACGUAUCCGGGAAGUCCUACAUACAAAUUUGCGUUACGCCUCUACGACAAACAAAUCGAAGUUCAAAACUAUUUAGUUCAUGUUCAAGAAAAAAGUGCUUGGAUGUCUGACUAUAAUGUUCGGCACAAUUUCAGUUCUCCAUUGCGUGUUCAUGAGCUUACAGCAAACACUCCCUCGUUUAUUGACGAUUUAACAACAAUGGCUAAAGAAGCACACAGCGUUAUGGCUGAUGUCUUUGAUGAACACACAAUAGCAGAAUUUAUUGAGCAAAAUAUUUACCCGCAAAUUGUUUCUCUUCGAAAACAUAUUGAAAAAGCUCACAGUCUAUUACAGCGUCAAGUGUGGCCAAGAAGACCACUGCCGUAUACUAGAGAACUCGUCCAAUUUGAUCUCAUUCCCAAUAAUAAACAACAGCAAAAUAAAUAAUUUGUUAUAUUAUAUUUUUUUUAAAUCGUUACAACUUACAACUUUAUGAAUCUUAACAAAUCUUCUUCUCUUAACAUUUUUCACAUCAUAACACAGUUACAGUUACACACAAACACAAAUUAAAUAAGCCUAAUGUAUAAAAUAUCUAAUUAACAAAAUAUUAUCUAAGUUUAAAUUAAAAUUGAUUUUUUUUAAAUUGUUAAUAAAAAUAAAUAAAUGCAAUGAUAAAAAAUAG